CCCUUCAGAAAACGAAGUAAGGUGUGUGCUUGCAGAUACCGAGAGUGUUAGAUCGAGCAGACAGAGAGAUGGCGUACUUGAGCAUGGGAGAAGCUCACAGAAGAAUUACCGACUACCUCAGCCGCUUCUCCGAUGCAGUUUCGACCCAGGACGGAGCUUCCCUCAAGCAUCUCCUCUCUCUCUCCUCCAACAGCCCCGCCCUCCUCUCCCUCGCCGACGCCCUCAACGUCUUCCAGGACUUCAAUAGAUUGAUCAAACAGUCCGAUAACGACUCGCAGUUUGGCGAAAUUCUGGUGCAUCUCUUCCGGGCUUUUCAGAGCUACCGAAUUGGGAAUUUCAUUGAUUCCUAUCAGGCAUAUGAAAAAUCUGCAAAUGCUUUUAUUCAGGAGUUUCGGAAUUGGGAUACGGCCUGGGCUUUGCCAGCAUUGUAUGUCAUUGCUUAUGAGAUUAGGGUUCUAGCUGAGAGGGCUGAUAAGGAAUUGGCUUCUAAUGGAAAGUCUCCAGAGAAGUUGAAGGGAGCUGGUUCUUUCCUUAUGAAAGUCUUUGGCGUUCUUGCUGGAAAAGGCCCGAAACGUGUUGGAGCAUUAUACGUCACUUGCCAGUUGUUUAAAGUUUACUUUAAGCUUGGUACAGUUCACCUUUGCCGCAGCGUCAUAAGGAGCAUUGAAACUGCGCGAAUAUUUGAUUUUGAGGAAUUCCCUAAGAGAGAUAAGGUCACCUAUAUGUAUUAUACAGGUCGUCUGGAAGUUUUCAAUGAAAAUUUCCCCGCUGCUGAUCAGAAAUUAUCAUAUGCCUUGAAGCAUUGCAAUCCUCAGCGUGAAGUAAAUAUAAGGAUGAUAUUGAAGUAUUUGAUACCUGUGAAGCUUUCAUUAGGCAUCUUACCAAAUGAUUGGCUUCUGGAAAAGUAUAACCUGGUUGAGUAUAGGAAUGUUGUACAAGCUCUAAAAAGAGGUGAUCUUCGACUUCUUCGGCGUGCUCUUGAAGAGCAUGAAGAUCGGUUCUUAAGAUCAGGUGUAUAUCUUGUCCUAGAGAAGCUAGAACUCCAAGUCUACCAGAGAUUAAUAAAGAAAAUUUACUUCAUUCAAAAGCAAAAGGACCCGGUUAAAGCUCACCAGCUGAAAUUAGAAGUAAUUGUUAAGGCUUUGAAAUGGCUUGAGAUAGCCAUGGAUGUCGAUGAGGUGGAGUGCAUAGUGGCCAUAUUAAUAUACAAAAAUCUUGUAAAGGGAUACUUCGCUCACAAGAGCAAAGUUGUGGUUUUGAGCAAGCAAGAUCCUUUCCCUAAAUUAAAUGGAAAGCCUGUCAACUCAUAGAGAAUAUCGAUACAAGUAGUCAGGUGAUGAAAAAUACAGUAUGAAAACGAGAUAUGCCGGCCAGUUAGUCAUUGGAAACCAUUUUUAUCGGCCCCAUGAAGAAUCGCUAUAUUGUUCCCCUUGUACUUUUAACUUUUUGUGAAUCUCAGUAUUCUUAGUUAAUUUUUAGAACUUAACAGCCA